AUGAUCUUUCUUCAUGUUGUUGGAUCUUCAUCUGAUGAAUAUUUCUCUGCAUAUUCCUAUUUUUCGAGCAACUCUGGAGGGGAUAUGAAGCUCAACCAGUCUUGGUAUAAAAUAGGUGAUAGUAAAACAUUAGUUAUCAUCAAGUCAUUUUGUUUAACGAGAGUUGCAAAAAUGAUUAAUAUACUGUUCUUCAUCUUUAUUUUGGUGACUUGCAGUGUCUCUUAUAGAGUUGAUAGUAAUCAAAGUAUUCAAAAAGAAGACUUGGAGUUGGAGAACCAUCUGAAGCUGAUUAACAAGCCUCCUCUCAAGAGUAUUAAUACAAAGUUUGGGGACAUUAUUGAUUGCAUUGACAUUAACAAGCAACCAACAUUAGACCAUCCAUUAUUAAAAAAUCACAAGUUGCAGAGGAAACCUACCUUUGAAAAGCCAAUUACAAAAACUGGUGUGAAAAAUUCACCAGCUAAAUCUAAAUUUUUGCUUGAAAAGUACUCAUGUCCAACUGGCACUGUUCCUAUUCGGCGGACUACAAAAGAGGAUCUUAUCCGAACUAAAUUAUUAUUAAAUUAUCACAUCUUGACCAAAGAAAAUCCCGGCACACAUGUGGCAUAUGUAACGGUUUUCUCAUUCGCUGGUCCUUUUUAUGGAGUUCGUGGAGAUUCUAGCCUUUAUAAUCCAAAAGUUGAGAAAGAUCAAAUUAGUUCUGCUCAUUUAUGGGUUCAAAAUGGACCGGUAGAUACAAACAACAAAAUUGUUGCUGGAUGGCAUGUGGCCCCACAAUUAUAUGGUGAUAAUGCAACUCAUGUUUUCGCAGCAUGGACGUCAGAUAAUUUCAAGAAGACAGGAUGUUACAAUUAUCACUGUCAAGGUUUUGUUCAAACUGAUAACCAAAUCUACCUUGGUACACGUGCGGAAAAAACAUCUGUCUAUGGUGGAGACAUAUACGAGGUUUCGAUUUCUAUUACACAGGACCUUAUGACAAAAAAUUGGUGGGUAAAUAUGGAAAAUAGAAGCAUUGGAUAUUUUCCAGGAGCUUUAUUUUCCAACCUGGCCAUGGCUGACACAGUGGGAUGGGGUGGAAGAACAAGCACUUCUGCAGGUACCCCUAGUCCUCCAAUGGGAUCUGGAGUUUUCCCUGAUGACAACUUCGUUCAUGCAGCUUAUUUCAGACAUGUUGCGUUUAGGAAUAAAUUAGGACAACUUUAUGGACCUGAUUUACAGCAAACAAGAUCAUUCACAGACAAACCUGAGUGCUUUGGUGUUAAAUACUAUGGAGAUCAAGGAAGGGAUGUAGGCUAUUCUCUCCAAUUUGGAGGACCCGGUGGUAACUGCGGGAAUUAG